GUCAAAAGCGACAACCAUGUUCCAUUCUCUCCUUCUCAUCGUUAACCGUUAAAGGUUCCUUCUAUCGACAAAUGGCCAACAAGGAUUACUAUGGUGGUGGUGGCGGUGGUCAGCAAUACUACCCACCCCAAGGUCCACCGCCAGGACAGGGGGGUUACUACCCUCAACAACCCCAGCAAUCGUACGGAGGUCAACCUUACGGUGGUCAACCCUACGGUGGACAAGGGUACCAACCUCAGCCGCCACCGCAGACAGUUUAUGUACAACAACCUGCUCAGUCUAGUGGUGCUGGUGGAGGCGUUGGCUGCUUAGCUUGUCUUGCUGGUGCAUGUCUUUGCUGCUGCGCUGAGGAGGCACUUUGCGAUUGUCUAUUGUAAGACUUGGGAGUCGCAUCGGAGGGCUGUUGUCCGCUGGCACGGUCCAAUGCCCAGUUGAUGAGAAACCGCUCACGAUCACGUUUCAUAUGCCGGCCGGAUGCCUUUAUGCUACAAUGGACACGAACCUUUACUUUCUCUCUCUACGACUUGGUCGCGAGUCAUAUCCUGAUUUUUAUUCGUUGGACUACGAUACCGUACUUCGUGAUAGUAUCGUGUUGAAUGACUGUUUGCCUGUGAUAUCCUGUAAAAUUAUUCUUCAAAGAUAUCAUUCACUUUCGGAUUUUUACAACUCCACAAA